GAACACUCUACUAAGCAGCUGUCACAUGAUGAUGUCAUCCACACCGAUUCAAGAUGGUGGAUGUGUAAACUUCUCGGGCACAAGUGCACUAACUUGCGGACAGUCUAACCAAGUUGAACCAAAUUUGCUACAACUGUAUGGACACAUAAGGAUGCCCCAAUGCUGUAGUUUGUGAUGAUGUCAUCCACCCUGAUCCAAGAUGAACUGGUGCCGGCAUUCCUUAUUUUGGCCGAGGCGAGCCUGGGCCUCGGGCAUGUCGCCCAAGGAGAGGAGUACCUGUCCCAAGCGCAGUGGAUCGUCUUGAAGAACGCCAGCUGCAGCAGCGCCAUUCAGUCAAAGCUGCACCGCAACCUGGGACUCCUCCACGCGGCCAGGGGGAACUUCGAGGACGCCUUGUACCACCUGGCGAAUGACGUUUACAAUGCCUGCUGUGCCUUUAGGACCAAUGGCAUUGCUGCCUCGGGAGGCUAUUUCCACAUGGCCAACAUUUUCUUCCAUCAGAAAAGAAUGGAUGUGGCCCACUCUCUGUUUGCUGAGGUGGUGGACAUUUGGCACAAGCACUUCAGCCGCUUGAUCGACACUCAAUUCCAGACGCUCACAAUUCCGCCCGAAGUGGAUGUGCUGUCUGAAGAAGUGGAGCCCACUGAAGAGACGCUUGAUGAAGGCCAGCGCACGGAAGCGUCUCAGGUGCUGAGCGCCAUCUUGGAUAUCCGAGAGCAGGCAGCCAGGCCGCAGCUGGAUAAGAUCGCCAAGGUGCUCCACACUCUGGCCAUGCUCCAUUACCUGUGUCAGAACAUACCCAAGGCUCACGAACUUGGGCUGAAGGUUCUGCAAAUGACAGAGGAGCUGCCAAAGCAGGAGCCAGACGCGUCGCUGCAGCGCUUGAUGCAGCUGAUCAAAACCAGGCCUUCCGUUCCGAAAUAGAGCCCUCUCCUGCCCCAGGUGCUGAAUGUUUGUCCCCUGUGUCUGCUUUCAAGUUUAAUUAAAUGUGGACUCUUUAAAAA